AUGACCGCCCUCGCAGUGCAAAGGCAAUGGAUUGCAACCUCACAGGGCGCAUGGGCGCCUGAAGUCAGCAAAUCAGGGAUGGGCGCUAUCAAUUCAAUCUUCUCGCCAGUCACACUCACAAGGCUGCACGGCCUCUUCAAUAUGGAACAAUUCUCCGAGGAUCACGCGAAGCUGCUUCUCGACAAAGAAUGGCUGGUCAAAGUCGAUAACCCGAAAUCUACCCCAUAUUUGCUCAAAUUCUAUUCGGCACCGGAUAAUCUAUCCUGCAUCCUUCUUGUGACUGACACGAAGUCAGUCUGGUCAGAAGUUCUGUCCAGUAAAGACCUAGCUCGACGCUGGCGUAUAAAUAACCCAAUCACCGCUGCCCCACCAUAUGACGUUUUGAAAGACGAACAAUCUUGGAGAACGUCGUGCCACGAGCUCCUUUCCCAAGCGCACACGCUAGGGGGUAUCGCAGAACUAUCGUUCGAAGUUGUUGACUCCAACUACUCUGACCUCGCGUUCGACCUCGAGUGUGAGGCUUUCAAGUGGCGAUGGGAGACGAACUUCGUUGGCCACAAAUUGUCUGCUGAGAUAAUAUCGAAGCACCUUGUGAUGCCCCUCAUCAGCGUGAACCAUCUUGCGUUCGCCUCAGCUGACCCAGUUUGCGAGCUACCUGAGGCAGAUCUUGAGAAGGCUGUUGACAAAAUGGCUCGCACCGCAAGACGAACGGUCGAUACGCACGUCAGGCAUGCCAUUUCCAAACCCCGCCUAGCUACUACGCUUCGCCGCAUGACAGCCAUGUUCAACUUCAUCCCAGAACUCCCGUCCAUACUGUCAACAGCCGCUAAACCAGAACUGCGGGCUGUAGUAAAUCCACCGACUUCCCAACCAAAGAUACGGCCUGUCCCUCCGCUGCUCGUGGACAAAGGUUUUACCACUCCAGAAAUUGACCAGCCCCCCGUCCGAGAUCUCCCCAAAGUUGAUACAAGGGUUCCCUCUUCGUCGCCUAAGUCUGGUGCUUCCUCCAGACGACCAGUCACCGCCGACUCGGCUACUGAAUCAGACAGCGAUGAUGAACCACCGCAGACCACAGAUAAGGGCAAAGAACGUGUCCUCGAUGCCCCACACACCUCAUCCUCGCAGGGGAUGAAGUCACCACUACCAAGCGCCUCAAAUCAACCGUCAACAAACGUUCCGGUUUCCGAUGAUGACUCUUCCCCACACAGACCUACCAAAAAAGCUAAGCCGCCAGCUCCUAGCAGCAGUGACGAAGACAGCGAGGCUGAGCGAAGACGCCGAAUCGCCCAACUGAAAAAAGGCACGGUCGGAACCUCUAACCGUCAGGGUGCGAGACAACCCAUCAAGAGAGGAGGGAAACGCUUCUAG